AUGGAAACAGCCACGAGCGUAGAAGACUAUGAACAUGAGAAAAUCAGAAAUAUAUCGCUGGCGACAAUCACGGCCAUUAUUGGAAUCUUGGGUUUGGCGCUGAACAGCUUGUCAGCAGUGGUGAUGAUGCGCCUGCCAAUUUUUCGAAAUCCGUUCGGACUUCUGAUGGCGUUUCAUUCAAUGUCGAAUGCUGGUUUAUUGGCGAUAUUUUUAUUCUGGGUGACGCCGAGUAUGCUCUUCAGGUUAUUCAACGGCUGGAAGGCAACUGGUAUCAUCAUUGGUCAACUGGCAAUUCUCUUCCAAACCCUUAGCUAUCACACAAUUCUGUUCAUUGCGAUCAAUAGAUUCACGGCUAUCGCAUUUCCGACAGUCUAUCGUAGCUACUUCACCAUACGGAACACCUACUUCGUGAUUGCCUUCAUUGCUAUUAUCAGCGUUGCAUAUUCAUCCGUGUACUUUGAGGACGACUGUGAUUUCUACUUCGAUGACAAUACUCUGAUAUGGAUAUUUGCUGAUACGAAAUGUGGCGCUAUACUGUCAUUUUACGUAGACCUUUGUUACAACGUAACUUUAUUUGGAAUUGUCGCAACAUUCGACAUGGUUACAUUAUGGAAAAUUCGAAAAGCGCAAAAAAAGAGUGUAGGUUGUUAUUACCCUUUCUUUUGUUUCAUUCCAUCCAUUCUUAUAAUGAUUACUUUAUUUCGCUUUCUACAAGACUUGAAGUAG